CUCUCCUCCCUCUGUUUCCUGCCGGCCUCUCAGCAGAGGAUGUGUCGGAGGGAGGGGAAAAUGGGAAAGCUGUUAGUAGAAUGGACAUGUGCCCUUUCUCCUUCACCAUUUCUUCUCCUCUCCUGUCUCCUCUCUGGCUUCCUUCACCCUCCUCCGCCUGCCUCGUGCCCUGGGCACCCUCAGCGUUGGCCCUCUGGGGGAAAGGACUCGUCAGGUGGACAGGCGGCUGAGAACUGAACUUCAAUGUCAGCUGGCGACGAGGAAAAUGGAGGUGACAAACCCAGAGAGGCUGCUGUGUGGCCAGAGGUGGAGCGGGCGGAGCGCUUGGCCCGGGGUGCUGCCCUGAAGUGGGCGUCGGGGGUUUUCUGUCAGCCUGAACAUCUGGAGCGACUGAGCCAAUACAGGAAGCGGGAGAGUCAGAGGACCGCCUCCGUUCACGCCAGACUAAAGUCUAUGGUGCAAUCCUACCUGGAGGGCGUGGGCUGGGGUUUGGAGCAGCUCCGGGAGGCCAGAACCGAGCUGAAGGAGGUCUCGCACACUCUGAAAGCAGCAGGGCUGGAGUCGGAUGGAAACAUGGACUGUGUUAAAUCUCUCGAUAGGCUGAGGGAGGUCUCCAUCAACCACCGCCAGCUCCUCGCCGCCGUCAGCAACCUGCCUCGACUUUACUCUGUUCAGAGCAUGGUGUUGGAGACGGAGCGUCUGGUGGAGUCCCGGCGGCUGCUGGAGGCCCACGCCCGCCUGAUGGAUCUGGAAUGGUGGCAGGAUGACAUCCUCUGGCAGCUCCACGGGGCAGCUGGAACGCCAGGAAGCGCACUCAGCUCUGAGGACCAGGAGCUAGUGGUGAAGUAUUUCUCUGGAGUCGGGCAGCUGGUGGACGCCCUGGCUAAAGAGCUGUGGGCAGUGGUGAGCAGCUCCCUGGCUCUGGCCCGUCAGAACCCCACACCGUUUGUGUCUGCUGUGAGGAUCGUGGAGAGGGAGGAGGCUCUGGAUCGAGCUCUGCUGGCAGAGAGGGGGGGGUCCGGUGGCAGCAGCCGGCCCCUCCCUCCUGGACGGCCUCGGUGCUGGAGGGCAACCUUCUUCCAGGUACUGGAGGAGGCGGUGUCCGCGCGGUUCCGUAGCGUCUCCUACCUGCACACGCGUGGUCCAGGCCUGGCCGGUCACCUCUCCGCCCUGCAGCACGGCAUCAUGACUGACCUGGCCACCGUGCGCCACCUACUGGAGCACUGCGUCCCAACGCACUACCAGCUGACCGCCGCCUACCUGAGGGCCAGCCACCACUGUUUACACACUCACCUGGCACAGGUCAGCAGCUGGGAUCUGGAGAGCGGGGAAAUAUUUGCGGUGCUCAACUGGGUGCUUCACAUCUACAACAGCCCAGAUAUGAUGGGACACCCGGAGCUGGUGACUGAUAUGGAGAGGUCAGAGCUCGGACCUCUCAUCUCCUCAGAGGGACUGGAGCAGCUGCAGAGCAAAUAUGUGCAAAGUGUUCAGAAGAGUGUCUCAGAGUGGAUGCACAAAGCUCUGCAGGUGGAGCUGCAAGACUGGCAGAGAGACCAGGAGCCAGAUAUGGACCACGAGGGUUUCUACCAAACCAGCCUGCCCACCAUUAUCACACAGAUGCUGGAGGAGAAUGCUCGGGUGGCUCUGAUGAUCGGAGAAUCGCUGAGGGAUCAGACCAUCCAGAUGGGGCUGUAUGAGAUGGAGAACCUCCUGAACAGGUUUCGUGAAGCUCUGAUUGAAUUUGGGAAGGAGCAUUGCAGGGAUCCACGAAACACCAAAAACAAGUUCUGCCUCCACUACCUGUUGGCUUCUAUCAGCAACUGCAUCAUCCUCAAAAAGUCUGCAGAGGUCCUGCAGCAGCAACAGGCCUCCCGGUCUGCUGGUCAGUUCUCUCGGACUCCUCCUAACCCUCUGGCCGCUCUGGACCGAGCGGUGCGGCGGGCGUGUCGCCUGGUGAUGGAUCAGUUGCUGCUAGAGCUUCAGCUCUUCCUGCCUGGCCUGCUGACCCGACCCUGGCUGGCCCAGGGAGAUCCCACGCCCAAACUCUGCAGCAUCCUGGAGCGUCACCUGGAGCUUUACGGUCGGGUUAGACCGCCCUGCCGGCGGCGCCUGCAGGAGGAGGCCCAGUGGCUGAUGGUGGUGGAAUACGUCAGGGCGGUGAUGCAGAAGAAGCUGGUGUGUCGCAGCGGUGAGGAGAGGAUGCAGCUUGCUCAGCAGAUGCUUCAGGACAACCAGCUGUUCAGAGAAGUCUUCCACAUUUUGGAAGGGUCGGGGUCAGACUCUGAGGUGAAUCCUUUGACUUUACUUUCCGCUCUGGCUGACUUCGUCCGUCUCAAAGACCCCGGCAUGCUCACGCUGGAGGUUUCUGGACUUGCAGCUAAAUACCCGGACAUCAGGUCGGAUCGAUGCUGACAGGGCCCAUUUUCUCUACGUGUUGUGUUUCUUUUAUCAUGACAAUGCUGUCGUCUCCGUUCUGUCAGCGACGAGCAUGUUUCUGUGCUGCUGGACAUCCGAGGCGACGUCUCCAGGGACAUCCGAGGCGCCGUGAUGGACUUGCUGGAGCAGAGCGCACCUCCUCUUCCAGCCGGAUACCGACCCAUCUUCACUGAAAUCCUGGUGCCUCCCUCCACCUUGGCUUUCUGUCUGCCGACAGCCAAGUGUGCGUGACUGAAGGGACUCUGAUGGAUUCAAGCCCAGGAAGCAUGACUCAGAAAUAAAGCUGUCUUCUCUUG